UCAAAACAACGGACACGAUCGUUUCUUAUAAAUUGAAAAAUACCAUUCCUUCAUUUAAAGUCUUCUCUCUCUCUCUCUGGCCAUUAAAACUCAAAUUUCUCGAGGAUUGGAGAUUUAAACCUUUAAAAGAAUGUCGAACACUAAUCAGAAUCGGCGGCCUUCCUUUACCUCGUCAGUGAAACCAAUCUCUAACACGGCGGUUAUGGCCAAGAAACGAGCCCCACUGGGUAACAUCACUAAUCAAAAGAACGAGUCACAAAUCCCAAAUUCAUCUGUUGAUUUUGCGCAUUGUUCGAACAAAUCUGCGAAAUUGAAGUUGGCAACAACACAACCUGUUUGCGUUAAUGCUACUUCUUUGCUCACCCAAGCGUCUUCUUCUAGCAAAUCUGAUGAUGAGACAAAGUCUACAUGUGAUUCCUUUAAGAGCCCUCGAGUCGAGUAUAUCGACAAUGAAGAUGUGUCUGCUGUGGUUUCCAUCGAGAGGAAGGCAUUUAGCAGUCUAUACAUAACCCCGAGUUCAGAGACAACUAACGUUAACUAUUGCAGAAGAUAUGUAUUGUCUGAAAUGGAGAAUAAGGAUAAGUUUAUCAACAUCGACAAUAACGAUGCGGAUCCGCAGCUCUGUCCAACGUUUGCUUGUGAUAUUUACAAUCAUCUUCGUGCCGCCGAGGCAAAGAAGCGGCCUGCGGUUGACUACAUGGAGACAGUUCAAAAAGAUGUAAACUCUAGUAUGCGCGGAAUCCUAGUGGAUUGGCUUGUUGAGGUAUCAGAAGAGUAUAGGCUUGUACCCGAGACCUUGUAUCUGACAGUGAACUACAUUGAUAGAUAUCUAUCUGGCAAUGUGAUUAGUAGACACAAGCUUCAGUUGCUUGGCGUGGCAUGUAUGAUGGUAGCAGCAAAAUAUGAAGAGAUAUGUGCACCACAAGUCGAGGAGUUCUGCUAUAUCACCGAUAAUACAUAUCUCAAGGAUGAGGUUCUUGACAUGGAAUCUGCUGUUUUGAAUUACUUGAAGUUUGAAAUGUCAGCCCCAACAGCCAAAUGUUUUCUAAUACGCUUUUUUCGGGCUGCCCAUGGGGUUAAUGAGGCUCCGUGUAUGCAGCUAGAAUGUAUGGCCAACUACAUUGCGGAAUUGUCGCUUUUGGAGUACACAAUGCUCUCUCAUUCUCCUUCACUUGUUGCUGCUUCUGCCAUUUUCUUGGCUAAGUAUAUUCUAGACCCAACAAGAAGACCGUGGAAUUCGACGUUGCAACACUAUACGCAGUAUGGAGCGAUGGAAUUGAGAGGAUGUGUGAAGGAUCUUCAACGAUUCUGCAGUAACGCUCACGUCUCUACUCUUCCUGCUGUAAGGGACAAGUACAGUCAACACAAAUACAAGUUUGUGGCAAAGAAGUUUUGUCCAUCAAUUAUCCUACCAGAGUUCUACAACAACAGCUGUAUUGAUCAAUUUUCGAAUUAACUUUGUUCCAAUCUUGCGUUGGAUUGUCUGAUUGUUGUUGAGCCCAUUUAAUUUUUGCUUAUAAAGUCGC